GCUCACAGUAUGAUCUGCUUGUCGUACAAGGCGACUAAAAGAUCUUUGGUAUAUAGAAAAAGAUCCAAAAUCAACUAUCAAAUAGUUUUUUUCUUUUUGUAGGAAAUUAUAAUAAAAGUUAAAAAAUAUUAAAUAAAUAAUACAAUAUAAACAAUGUCAUCUAUUGAUACUUUAACUUGGGAGGAUUUUUCAAAGGAAUCCUUAGAGUUUUUGGAGAUUUCAAAGCAAUUGGAUGAUACUUGGUGCUGGAAAGUUAAGAAUCCCGAAAUUGAAGGUCAAUCUUUUCUUAAAUAUAUUAAAAAACUGACACAUCCAGUAAGUCAGGAAUUAAUACAAAUUGAAUAUCAUAUUGUCUAUUCGAUAUCCUAUCAAGUGCCCAUAUUAUAUUUGCAAGCGUAUGCCAAUGAUGGUAAACCUUUGUCUUUGGAAAAUCUAUGGACUAUAUUUCAACAUAAUCAAGAGACUGAGUACUCUCGUCAAGAUAUGUUGUCAAUUUUAACACAAAUGGAUCAUCCUAUAUAUUUUCGACCAUUUAUAUGUUUACAUCCUUGUCGUACAGCAGAGAUUUUAUCAGCUACUCCCAAGAGUUCUAAUCGUGUUUUAACUUUUAUAAGUGUUAUGGGUCCUUAUUUGCAAUUAAAUUUGGAUAAUAGAUAUGGUUUACAUUAUAAAGAUUAAAUAGCUGUGGUAUUAAAUGUAAUGUUUCUAUAAAUAUGUAUAUUAAAGCAA